UCUACCACUACCACUUCCACAGCCCUGCCAAGUGAAUUGUAUAUAUAUGCAGAGGACGAAGCACUUUACAAAUUACAGGAAGAAGCCUGAAGCCUAGACAAUUGGAGUGGCGGUGCAGCUUAAACCCCAAUCCCCUCCUCCUCCUUUUGAUAUAGAUCCUCCUCCCCUCCUCCUCCUUAUGUUGAAACUCUCUCCUCUCCCCUCCUCCUCCUUUAUGAUAUAGCUCCUCCUCCUCCUCUUGAAUUUUCCUGGUAGUAUACAAACACUUCCUGUCAGUGUUCUGUUUGCUUUAAUAAUAUUGCUGCCAGAUAUACUUAAUUGCCCGUAUAAUUUACGUACUCUGAGCACUGAGAAAUGAGCGGACAAACCAGUACUGUUGUUUUGGCCUUCCUCUUGAUAUGGGCCUUGAACCUCAAGCUCGCGGAGCUGCCGAUUUUCAUACGGGGGAAUAGGGCGGACGGCUCAGUAGCCCCACAGCCACAACCCACACCCAUCAACGACGACCUCGAGCGAGGUACAAGUGGAAGACUACCUGAAUCUGAUGAUCAUGGUCCCAAAAUUCCCGACAUGCCAACCAAGCUGCAGUGGGGGCAGAUGGUCAUCGGAGUUUGUUUUCCGGCUGUUAACACAGCCUUGCAAGCUCUCCAUACUCCGGCACCUCUCCCCAGGACCUUUUCCUGGUUCUGCCUGACAUUCGAGCUGGCCCUUUUUGCUUCCUUGGUGUCUAUCUACAUUCGACGCCGUAACGAGAAGGCAUCUCUGAUCAUGGAGCAUCUUGCUGUUCUCUUCGGCGCUGCGGCUUUCCUCCUAGCCAUUUCAAUGCCCCUUCACAACCCAAUGAUUGAGAUAUCUAUCGCCGUCGGCUGCAUUUCUUUCUUCAUAAUCAUCAUUGCCAAUCGCUCUCUGAGUGACCGGGUUUAAGGGGGAGAAUGGUGCUUUUGCUGGAGACAUUUAAACAUCUUCUGCCACGGUUUCAUGACUUGAUGAUGAGACAUGUCCUUUUUUAGUUAAAAUAAUAUCUCUCUUUGUAUGGUCUUUUCUGGAAGUUGCUUCAGGAGACAUGAACGUGUGUUGUUUCAAUAAUGAUUACUACUGUACUUUAAGUUUCUUAAUUUUUGGGAAUGUUGAAAUGAUGCUUUGAUU